AUGUCCUCCGGAGCGGGUGAACCCUUCCCCGCACAGGGCCACGCCCAAGAGACUCAACCCGACUACACGACAUGGGAUACCCCGAGUUUGAUAUCACGGAUCACGGAGCUAGAGCGUCAGUUACAUUCUCGUACGGCGGAGUAUGCUACGGGUACGGUCUCCGGUGAGCAACAGCAGCUGCAGCAGCAGCAUGGUGCAGUGUUUCCGAAUAAGAAAGCGAAGAAAAGGGCGUCUGAGUCGGAUGAUAUCACGAAGACCAGGGCGCACAGUCGACCGCCCAAGGAGGCGCGCGAGAUCGACCCGUCGAAGUACAAUACACGGUUUAUUGCGCUCAAGUUUGCCUAUCUGGGACAGCGGUAUAAUGGGCUGGAGCAUACGAAUGGCAAUGUGACGCCGCUGCCGACGAUUGAGGAGGAGAUGUGGAAGGCCUUGCGACGGACGAGGUUGAUUCUUCCGCAGGGGGCAACAAACGCGGACGAGGAGUUUGGAGACCCGCGCAAGCCGAGAGCUUUGAAGCCGUACUCGCUUAAUUGGGAUGGGUGUCAGUAUUCCAAGGCGGGGCGGACGGAUCGUGGAGUCAGCGCUUUUGGCCAGGUGAUUGGUAUUCGGAUACGGAGUGCACGGCCGAAGAAGAAGGAUGUUGCAUUAUCUACUGCGGAUACUACGAUGCAGGAUGGGAAUGAGACCAGUGGAUUGACAGAGAGCGCUGCUGAUGACAACUGGGAUGAUAUUGCAGAUGAACUUCCCUACAUAAGUAUGCUGAAUAGAGUGCUUCCGGAGGAUAUUCGGGUAUUAGCAUGGUGUCCUCAUCCGCCGAAGGACUUCGACGCUCGCUUCUCUUGUCGGGAACGCCAAUAUAAAUACUUCUUUACCCAGCCUGCCUUCUUUCCCACGCCUGGGCUUCCGGGGUUCGCUCCUCGCGCAGAGAACACGCGCCCAAAGUACCGAGAAGGGUAUCUGGACAUCGAUGCGAUGCGCCAAGCUGCCAAAUAUUUCGAAGGGGUGCAUGACUUUCGGAACUUUUGCAAGCUGGAUACUAGCAAGCAGAUUGAAAAUUUUGAACGGAUUAUCUAUUAUUCCGAUAUUGAGCUGCUCGACACGAAGAGCAAUCCACUUGGUCACCUCAGUCGACCUGGUUUCCAGCCUCUGGAGUCUUCUGUUGAUCAGGGUCCGGAAUCGCCAGGGAGUUUGUCUUCCAAAAACCCCCAGGUCUAUACAUUUUCCCUUCAAGGAUCUGCCUUCCUGUGGCAUCAGGUCCGGCACAUGGUGAGUAUUCUGUUUCUUGUAGGCCAGGGACUUGAACCGCCUUCUAUUGUGGCAGAGUUAUUAGAUGUAUCCAAGAAUCCAGCCAAGCCAUCCUACGAGAUGGCUUCCGACGCCCCCCUUGUUCUUUGGGACUGCAUUUUCCCCGAUCUAAACAGUGGGACUCGCCAAGAUGCGUUGGAAUGGAUUUACGCUGGGGAUCCCAGACAGAUGAAAUCCCAGUCCGGCAAGGGGAGCGGCAAAUUUGGACUUGGCAGCAUCACGGACGGGCUCUGGUCUGUUUGGAGACAGCGCAAGAUCGAUGAAGUGUUGGCAGGAGCGUUGCUAGACUUAAGCAUUAGCCAGGGAGACCAACGUCUUGCCAACGGUGAAUUCACGGAUGCGGGCGUGGAUAAACAAAAUCGAGGACAAAAGGUCUUCUACGGCGGAAACGAAACUAGGGUCGGCGGGAAGUAUAUACCGGUCAUGCAAAAGAGGAGGAAUGACCCCGUAGAAGUUCAGAAUGCCAGAUGGCGGGCUACAAAACAACGGAAGGCUGGAAAAGUUGCAGAGGCGGAGCAAAUGGAAUUGUGA